AUGGGGAUCGUCUCUGGUGUCUAUCGGUUCCUCCACGUCGAGCCGUGGUCGUCGUUCGCCUUCUACAAGCGGCAUAUAGUGGACCCUGUGAAGGAAGGGGAUCAAGCGGGUCGAGCUGCUCUGCAUAAUAUGUUGUCCCGUAUCAUGAUAAGAAGAACCAAGGAAACCAAAGAUUCCAAUGGCCAACCCUUGGUGCAGAUGCCAGAUAAGAUGGUGCGCACGUUAGAAAUCCCCCUAGAUGCCGAUGAGGAGAGGCUGUACACCUAUCUUUUCUGGCGAAGCCAUCUUGAGUUCAACAGCUUCAUUGAGCAUUCGGAGAAUCUGCACAGAAUGAAGAUACUCAAUCUUAUCCUACGACUCCGCCAAGCACUCUGUCAUCCUAUCCUCUGUAUACCAUCCAAGCUCGCUAAGGUCAUGGGUAGGGUGCCGACCGAAGACGAAGAUAACGCGCGUCCAGGAGAUGGCUCUAGCAUGGCAGCUAACCUCGAUGAGCUCUACGAUAGGUUCAUGGGUGACCCUAGAGAUACCUCGCCCCACAGGAAGGACUACUUGAAAAAGGUCAUUGACGACAUGAAGGUGUCUGAGUCCCUUCCAGAGUGCGUCAUCUGCCUCGAGGCACUCAGCAGCAGCAACGUAAAGAAGCAGCCUGUGUUGACAGUGUGUGGCCAUACGAUGUGCCAACCCUGUGCAAACGCGUGCAUCAGACGGGCAGGAACCUGCCCUGUGUGCCGGAAGCCGGUAUCCAUAGACUCCCUCCAAGUCAUUCCAACACAGGCGAUGGUCAAUGCGAACAGUCAGUUCCAGGAUGAUGCCGAUGAGAAACCUCCGGAAGACGAUGCGGUUAAAUAUAAAUUCCGUUUGAGUUCUAAAAUGAUGAAGCUGCUGCGAUACGUAAAGAGGGAUGUGAGAAGAGGUUGGAACGUGGUGGUCUUCUCCCAGUGGACAUCUUACCUCUGGAUGAUAUCGCACAUGCUGGAUCUUAACCAAGUCCCUUACCGGCUUAUCACUGGCAAACAAAACCAGAACGAGCGGCAGAGCAAUGUUGCCUGGUUUAACCACAAGACGACCAAGAGCGAAAUCCGACCAGUCCUGGCGGACGCUUUGGAUGCCUGUGGGGAGGUGGAAGUGUCGGAGCCUGAGGACGAUGGAGACAGCACGACACAAGGGAAGGUGUUGUUGGUAUCUUUGCGAGCCGGCGGCGUCGGGCUCAACCUGACCGCAGGAAGGACCCUGUACUUGCUAGACCUGUGGUGGAAUCCGGCCGUAGAAGAGCAGGCUAUGAUGAGAGUCCAUCGUCUCGGCCAACAGCACACUGUUAGAAUCUACCGCUUCGUUGUGCGUGACUCGAUUGAUCAACGUAUCAUGAGUCUUCAAGCAGGCAAGAGUCGCCUCACUAACAUGGCCUUCGACGCGAGCGAUGCGGCUGCUUUACAGAAGGACGAUGGUCGUAGUCUAACACUGGAGGAGAUGAAGAUGCUCUUCAAGCCUGGAACGAUGGAGCUGCGGGGAGGCAAAUCACGUGAGGAUUUCAAUUAA